AUGGAAGAUUUUUUGAAAGGAUUCAAACCUCGUCCUAAGUCGGCUCUUUAUCAACCUAAAAAAAGAAACGGUCGCAAUGUAUCAAGGAGUAAAACAUCACUGGGCCUGAGAUCAAAAUUAUCGGACGUGGAUGGAGAAGAACCCGAUGAGUGCUUAUUAAUUGUAGGCAAUCGGGAUCCUGCCGAGGCCGCUGUUGGCUUUUUGCCGACGGCCAGAAUGGUGUUCGGGAGGAUCAACACGGACAUGUCUCGCGUUGAGGCACGAGAUUUCAUAAAUGACUGGCGUCGACACCAGGAUAUGAUGAAAGCACAAGGUCACCUGGACUUGAGUAUCGAUCCGAAUGAGUUGGUGGCUGACAAGGAAGCAUCGCUGGCCUUGCCGUUUUCCAGUAAAUACAGCGACCGGGAUGACAGUACGACGUCAUCUCCUCGACUACAGUCAACAAGCGGCGAUACUAAGGACACGUGGACGUCGGCUAUUUACGAAGCCAACGAAACUUCCAAGAAACACUUAUUCGUGGUGAGAUUCCGACUGAACUAUCUGAAGAGACAGCUGAGACUCAGAAAAGCUUUGAACAUGAGGCUGGAAAAGAAGCGACUGCAAACACAGGAAUAUUUGACGAGAAAGAAACUAGAAGUAAAAGCUGAAGAGUCUAAACGCUAUGAAUACGAUGAAGAAGAACACGAAGAGGAGAAGGAGUGGGAGGACUCAGACUCGGGGAGUGAUGACUCUUCUCUUACUGAAUUGACAGUUGAUGUUCGCAAACUG